ACCUCGUCUGUAUCGGAUGCAGUUACAGAUCGCCUGAAACGUAGUCCGGUUGGACAACGGUCCACGGAAAAAGACUCGUUGAUGUCCGGUGAACGUCGCACACAAACCGGAAUGGAUGCAUCAUUUGGUGUACCACCAGAGAAUCCAAUCUAUCUCGAUUCCGAUUCCGAUUCACUCGAGAUUGUCGCGAGUCAAACAAAAGCCAAGCAUAAACCAGAAUUGUCAACCACCGUCAUCAGUGGUAGUACUACUACUGCGAGUAUGACCACUGCCGGAACCGCAAGCACUUCAAUCACCGCAACAAUCGUCUCAAGUACACCCGGAACACAUGCACCGGUCACAACUAUGACCAGUCCGGUGAGUGUCGCGGUUUCCGACUAUAAAGCCCCGGAAAUCGAUACGGGUAACUUAUCGUCUGAUCUGAUCAGUGCUACUGAUGGUCUUGCGGAAGACGAGCAGCUAGGCAGUGGCGAUCGUGCAGACGAAGAAGCACUUGGUUACACUCAGUCACCUCGCUCUCAUUCCCCAUCGUUACCGCUCUCCUUCCCGUUGUCGGAGUUUGAUGGUUCAGAAGCAUCAAUUGUUUCAUCGGACGCAAGCUCUUUGGCUUCAGACGGUUCCUACUACUCUAAUCGUUCGAGUGAAUGCGACUGUUUCAAUAGUGGCUCUUUCAUAACGAGCUCACAACACGAUCAACGACGUCGUCGUCACCGAGCAGGUGAGGGGCGUCAUCAUCACCGCGGAUAUCGUGAUGCAAGCUGGUCACGUUCCAGUUCCAGUGGAGAUUCAUUCAGUGGUGGUCGAUACUCAGACUAUUCCAACAGUGAGGACUCCUUUGAUUUUGGUUCCAGUCCAGGUGAAUCACCAUCGGGGCCUGUGGACGAGGCACACGAAGCUAUGUUAAAUCAACUGAAACAACAAGAACGGAAAUUACGCAAUGAAUUGGCUAAACACCGGGCUUUGGCAAAUCAACUGAAAGAAGCACAGAAGAGGACUCACAAAUUGUUACAGAUGGAACAGCUAGGCACUGAAGAAUCAACCAAACCGGUAGCACCCUCUAGUAAAGAAGAUAAAGAGCGUGCGAAAGCCGCAGUGGAACGUUUAGAAGCAGAACACCCGAAGGAAGAAGAACAUAAAACAGGCGCGACGCGACGGAGAACGUCACGACGGCGUCCCAAACCGGGAGACAGUGCUAAGGGAGAAUCGAAUAUUGCAGAAACCCCAUCCACUUCACGUUCUUCUGACCGUGUGCGCCCCGUGAGAAAAACAUCUGCUGGUAGACGGAAGAAGGAGAUCGAACUGAAAGAGAAGCUUGCCAGUAGUAGUAGUGGUACAGCACCGACCAGUAGUACAAAUCAGUUGGAAGGGAAACCUGGUGCGACCGCGGCCGCCCGUAAAGAGCACCCGCAUCCACGACCGGUGCCGUCCGAAUCACAGGCUAGACAUCGUCAUGCACCCGCCCAUCGCCCCACGCACGGGAGUAAACGUGGUAUCCAAUCGCAACCGAAAGAGAAAGAUGAGGUCAGAAGAGAAGCAUCAGUUGGUGUUGGUGGCGACGGCGGUGGCGGUGGCGCGUCGAUUGCAGACAGUGGACCGGAAAAAGGCAAACCGGAAAAAUUGGACGACCGGAAAGUAGAUGAAUCGGACACUCUAGUUAUUGCUAACACAGCGGCAUUGGUCAGCGCAGAUGUUGACGAUCCGACUCGAAUGCACCCGGACAGGUUAGCGGAAAACAGUACGACGAAAUCGGUGGAGAUGAGCAAAGGCCCAUUGGAAACGGUACACGAGGUCAGUGUGCUUGCAGAAAGUCAGCUCGUUCCCACACGUAAACCAUGGGAUGAUCGUGACGAGGAUGACGAGGUGAAGCACGUGGAUUAUUGUUAUUGUUGUUAUUGUUGUUAUUAUUAUUAUCAUUAUUAUUAA